AUGAAGCAAGGCGGUCUGUCCUUGGGUAUUCCUGGAGGCCUGUGUCUUCUUCAGCACAAUCGUCUUCUCAUUUCCAAGUCCUCCAGCCAGCCCCCAUAUCCAAGGAAGGACCUUGAAGACUGUGACUGCUUCACGGUGUCAGGUCCCGACCCUGGUUACUUCCAACACUACAAGCUCUGGGACUUUCGCGCCGUUCCUCUUGGUUCCAGCACAAAUCAACCCGGCAAUAACAAUGAUGAGGACGAUGAUGAGGAUGACUUGAGACCUGACAGCCAAGGCCACGACGGGAACAAGCAAGAGAUCAAUCUCGACAUCCUGAGUUUCUUUCAAUCUACUUUCAACAAGGACUGGAAGGUCCAACAAUGGAGGCGCCCUCGCAGCCCUGAUGCCCCGGUAGACAUGAUCAACUCCAAGCACAAUGUCUUUAUCACCAAGAACCAUGAGCAACGAGACCCGCAUGCAACAUAUCUGGUCCUGCGUACUAUCCGCCAUGACAACUACUCCUCGACUGCAGAAAUUGAGACUCGAGCACGAAGCAUCUACCGCUGUUCCAUACGAGUCAGAUUUCGCAUCCUGCCCACCGAUGUGUUGUUAGUUCAUCCAAUGGACUCGCCGUUGCGUCAGUCACAGCACAAGAUCUCGUCCUUGCAGAAUAGCACAAUCUCAGACAAUGAGGCAGCCCUAAUCGAGCCUGGCAGACCUCCAUCAGGUGCAUGUGUUGGCAUCUUCACUUAUCGUCCCCCCAAUUGCGAAUCGGACAUCGAGAUCCUGACAAGCGAUCCUUUACACCGUGUGCGAUAUGCAAACCAGCCAGACUAUGAUCCCGAGACCGAUGUGAUGAUCCCCGGAGCCAGCACAAUUCUAGACCUGGAAGUCUCAUGGACAAAUUGGUCAACUCACAGAUUGGAUUGGCUCUCCGAAGUAUCACGCUGGUGGGUGAACGACAAGCCACGGGAUGCCAAGACAUACCGUGUCCCAAAUAUGGAAAGCAGAGUGGUCAUCAAUCUUUGGAGUGACGGAGGCAUUUGGACCGGGGAUAUGAGACUGGGUGACCGGGUAUAUUUGGGAAUCGAGUAUAUUGAACUGGCUUACAAUCGAUCCUCUGAUGCCUCCAAACAUAUUCCGCCUGCGCAACCUGGUGGUCACAAACAACCUUUCGUCAAUGUGUCUAUCUCUGAAAUUAUGGACUUCUGGGAAGAUUCUUGGGGGCCAAAGACUGAGUUCUUGACCGGAGUGAAAAAGGAACAGAAGAAGAAGCAUGGCAAAUGCAAGAAAGGGAAGAAAGGCCGGAAGUGCAGGAAGAAGCAUCACCAGAAACCCAAGAAGCCAAACAAGCCGAAGAGGCCGAUCGAACCUCAUUGCAUUCGUGCGUGUAACAUUGAUGACCUCCAUCUUGGAAAUCGUGGUGUUGGCAGUUAA